CUUAUUUUGUUAAAGACGUUGACGAUCGGCCUAAGCAAAAGUCUCCUCUUCAUAACAUCCACAAGAGAUUCUUCACUCAUUUUAUCUUUUUCAACAACCUUAUCAACAAUGCAAGAGCUUCAUGAAGCGGCAAUUGCUUAUUACAACAACGGCUCCACGGAUCAACAGACUUUGGCAUGGCAGUUUUUCUGUUCAAUGGACGGUGACGGUAAUGGCCGUGUCAGCUUUCGAGAGUAUACCGACUUCUUGUGUAGAACCACCGGUUUCGCUUGGGUCCAUAGCGAGAUGUUUCAGGAGCUCGACCGGAAUAGAGACGGCCAGCUUGACUUCUGGGAGGUCUUGACGCUUUACUAUGUGGCUCGGACGCGGACCAUUGGCUGCCGCACGUGCCUCCAGCCUCUCAUUGGUUUGUACUUUACGUGUGUAACGUGCUUUGAAUCGCAAUGUGUUGGCGACACGUUUGAUCUCUGCGUCAACUGUUAUAUGCGGCGGAAUUAUAAUCAUCCGCAUCGUGUCUUCCUGGAUAGUUUUGUUUUAUUACGAUCUAAGCGUAGCCACCCUCCUAUGUUGCAGGAGCCGCCUGGCGACCAAAACAUGCCCGAACAACAUCCUGGGAUGGAUGACACCUCAUGUGAGAUGAUUCCACAAUAGGAGCAAUAUUUGAAGAGUCGAUCAUCCUUAAUUUGGAUAGUAAUCUCAUUCCCUUCCAUAGAGCUGAUCUUUCUUGAAAUUUUAAGGGUUUGCCGCUAUCCAUAUCGAUCUGAAUUCUCUCAUCAGUAACAUCGACCACAUGAACCAAUCUAAGUUCAAUGCUGUGUAGAUUCAUGAGCUCAGUCCACAGAUGUAGUAGGAUUCCCGUUAACUGAAUCCAAAAAGGAAUAGCCCAAGGAUAGUAUUCAUCGACAAUCGACUCUCAGCGGACAAGAACAAACAUACAAAAGUUGUAAUGAAAAGGUCAAAGCGCAAGUACAAAUUGUAAGUUGAUAUAGGAAAUGAGGGAUACACGUGUAAGUUAAAUAAAAGAAAUACGAAGAGGGACACGUGUCAAUUGAGAGUGAAGUUGUUGAAGAAUUCGUUAGAGUUUGUUACGAUGAGGAACGGUGGGAGAAUAAACGAGAGAAGGAGAAAUCAUUUGUGGAUUAUCCAGAUAUUAAGUGAACUUUUCUUAAUUUUUCUGUGAGUGAGAGUGAUCAUCGUAUCAUCGUUUUUGAGCUGUUUCUACUUAGAAGCUCUUGGCGUGGUAUGAUCGAUUCUUUGUUGUAACAGACCUUGAAUCGAGUUAUUGGAUUUUUAUAUUGAACCUUGA